AUCAUUACCCACAUCCAAAAAUAGCAUUUCUCCGGCCCUGCUCUUCCAGAGACCCGGGAAACUUGGGUUUUUUUUCCUCCUUUUCUGGUUUCCAGGUGUGCUGUUCCCCCCAUGAAGGCUGGAGCAGCUGCCCUGGCCGCUGGGAUCCUCGGGGGCAGCGGGGUCCUGCUGUUCCUCAUCGCCUUUGGGACGGAUUAUUGGCUUCUGGCCACGGACACCUGCGGGCUCCUGGAGCAUGGCAACAGCACUCUGAGCACCGGGGGGGCUGGAACUCCAGCAGAGGCUGGGAGGGAGGUGCUCACGUUCCACCACGAGGGUUUCUUCUGGCGGUGCUGGUUCCUUGGUGAGGGUCACCCCGAGAGCAUCUGGACCUUCUGGUACACCAGCCAAGCACACCCCAAGUUCUGCAUGCAUGGCUACCUCUUCCCCAUGCCCAUUGCUGUGGGACCUUUCCCCCAUCCCUCCUAUGACACAACUGCAGUGUACAGAGGAUUCUGGACGGCGUUCAUCCUGCUGGCCGUGGCUGCUGGGCUCGUGGGGGGGCUCCUGCUGGUGUGUGGGGUCCCCUUCUCCAGCCCCAACUCCUACAAAGUUGGGGGAGGAUUCCUGCUGCUCUCAGGGGGUUUGUUUCUCCUGCUGGUGUUUCUCUUUGUGAUGUGGAAGGAGUUUGCAGCUGACUUUCAGAAGUACAUCCUGCUGGAGAGGAGUGAGAGGUGCCUGGAUGAUGUUCCUGUGCACGUUUACUACGGGUGGUCCUUCAUGUUCGCCGCCGCCGGCGUGCCCCUGGCGCUGCUCUCUGGACUCCUCUUCUUCCUGGUGGGCAGAGACAUUAUGGAUUCCCUGCAGUAAGAGGAACGUGGAGAAGGCUCUGAGAAAAUUGGUGAUGCUCCUUGUAAAGAAACACACCCAGGUUUUGAGGGCUGGAUGGUUUUUGUAGCUCUAAUUGUCGGGGUAGGUUACGCUCACUCUCAGGGGGAGGCGGGGAUGGAGCGCUGAGCAUCCCAGAAUCCCGGGAUGGUUUGGGUUGGAAGGGACCUCAAAACCCAUCAGUGCCACCCCUGCAUGGGCAGGGACACCUUCCCCUAUCCCAGGUUGCUCCAAGCCCCAUCCAACUGGUCUUGGACUCUUCCAGGGAUGGGGCAGCCACAGAUUCUCUGGACACCCUGUGCCAGGGUUUUUAUUGCCCUUACAGCCAGGAAUUCCUUCCCAAUAUCCCAUCCAUCCCUGCCCUCCUGUCACUCCAUCCCUUGUCCCAAAUCCCUCUCCUGGAGCCCAUUUAGUCCCUGGAAGAGGCUCUGAGCUCUCCCUGGAUCCUUAUCUCCAGGUGAGCCCCCUCAGCUCUGCCAGCCUGGCUCCAGAGGUGCCCAUCCCAAACCAGCCUCACCUUUCUGCACUUUGGAGCUAUUUCAGCACCUUGCUGGGGUUUGCACUGGUUUUCUCCCAGCCCAAGGGAAAGCAGCUCUCUGUCAGCAGAGCUCCACAUCCAUAUUCAGCAGAGCUGGAGUCCUACAGCAUUCCCAGCAUCCUGGUUUCUUGUAAAAGGAAAUCGAAUCUGGCUGCCACGGUGCAAGCAAUAAUGUCUAUUUCUAAAAAGCAAUUAAGGAUGAUUUUUUUUUCUUAGCUGGCUCUAAUUGACAUCAAAGGACAACCAUUUUAAUGGGAAUGUCGGGAAACAUGGAAAACUUUUUUCUUCCUUAAAAGCCUCGAUCCUGAAGAUACAAAUAUACCUGGUCCUAACCUAACUUUCAAUUAGGGAAUAAUAAACCAAUUUCUGUGGCUUGAAACAUAA